UGUGUGUCCCAGUCGCUGCUGGAGACCCAUGACUCAGUGGCUGCUAAGAGCUAUGACCCCCCCCCAAGCAGCCCUGGCCCAGAGCCCCCCCUGGGAUCCCAGCCCGUGCCCCCCGACGCCGUGCGCAUGGUGGGCAUCCGCAAGGCAGCCGGGGAGAACCUGGGGGUGACAUUCCGGGUGGAGGGGGGGGAGCUGGUGAUCGCCCGCAUCCUGCACGGGGGGAUGGUGGCGCAGCAGGGGCUGCUGCACGUGGGGGACGUGAUCCGUGAGGUGAACGGGCGCGAGGUGGGCAGCGACCCGCGGGCACUGCAGGACAGCCUGCGCCACGCCAGCGGCAGCGUCGUCCUCAAGAUCCUGCCCAGCUACCAGGAGCCUCACCCGCCCCGCCAGGUGUUUGUCAAGUGCCACUUUGACUACGACCCGGCCACCGACAGCCUCAUCCCCUGCAAGGAGGCCGGGCUCAAGUUCAUGGCCGGGGAUCUGCUGCAGAUCGUCAACCAGGAUGACCCCAACUGGUGGCAGGCGUGCCAUGUGGAGGGGGGCAGUGCAGGGCUGGUGCCCAGCCAGCUGCUGGAGGAGAAGCGCAAGGCCUUCGUCAAGCGGGAUGGAGAGGUGGCCCCCACGUCGGGGGCCCUGUGUGGCAGUCUCAGCGGGAGGAGGAAGAAGAGGAUGAUGUACCUGACGACGAAGAACGCCGAGUUCGACCGGCAUGAGCUGCUGAUCUACGAGGAGGUGGCGCGGAUGCCACCGUUCCGCCGGAAAACGCUAGUGCUGAUCGGGGCGCAGGGCGUGGGGCGGCGCAGCCUCAAGAACAAGCUCAUCAUGUCGGACCAGGCGCGUUACGGCACCACCAUCCCCUACACAUCUCGGAAGCCGAAGGAGAGCGAGCGGGAUGGGCAGGGCUAUCGCUUUGUGUCCCGGGGGGAGAUGGAGGCCGACAUCAAGGCUGGGAGGUACCUGGAGCACGGCGAGUACGAGGGAAACCUGUACGGAACCAGGAUCGACUCCAUCCGAGCCGUGGUGGAGGCUGGCAAGAUGUGCAUCCUGGAUGUCAACCCCCAGGCAGUGAAGGUGCUGAGAACAGCUGAGUUUGUGCCAUAUGUGGUGUUCAUCGAAGCCCCCUGCCCCGAGACCCUGCGGGCCAUGAACCGAGCGGCCCUGGAGAGUGGUGUGGCCACCAAACAGCUCACGGAGGCAGAUGCCCAGCGGACGGUGGAGGAGAGCAGCCGGAUCCAGCGGGGGUACGGGCACUACUUUGACCUGAGCCUCAUCAACGACGACCUGGAGCGAACCUUCGGGAGGCUCCGGGAGGCCAUGGACCACCUGCGUGUCCAGCCCCAGUGGGUGCCUGUCACCUGGGUCUACUAGUGACCACCCCACCCUGCAGGGGGGGCCAUAAAACCCUCCCCUCAACCCCCCAGCCCACCCAG